AUGAUUGCGAUCAUUUUGCUGAAAUACUGGGGUGCAUUAACAUUAUGCAUGAAGAGCAAGUUCAAUUGUUUUUUAUUUCCCAUGGUACUCAAUUGCCAACAGCAAAUUUUGAGAAUGCAAGUGAAAACCACACUGAAACGAGGACCGAACGAUUCCAGUACUCAAUGGCUGGGAUACACAUCCGUACAUACAUACAUAAAGUUCAUAACGAAAGUCUCGGCGGCAACCGGAUUUCCUUUUGACUGGACUUUUAGGAAACGGCAGUAUGAGGGUGCAGGGGUGAACUGUAUGAUACGUCAACGAUACGCGAACGAUGGUAGUCAAUUGCCUCACAGAACAGAAGGAUAUGAAAGGUCACGGACCUUUAGGGCUUCAAGGUCUAGAAAAAUAAAAGCGCGUUAG